AUCUUAUCUAUCUCUUUCCUUCUUCUUUUUUUCUUUUUUCUCUCUCUCUCUCUCUCUCUCAGAAUAAAAUUUUCUAUAUAUGAAGGACAUUUAGUUUACUGUCGUGAUACAUAACCCGGUUUUAAAGAAAGGAGUUGAGUGAGAAUAAUAAAAGCUCUUCCUUUAAGCUUCCAACUUAUUCUUUCAUCUUGUGGUUUUUGUUACUUUGUUGCAGAUCGAAGCUAUUGAUUCUCUUUCCCUUUAUCUUAUCUUCGUUGCUCUAAGUUUUGAUUUAAUUCUUUUGCUUGAAAGACAUGUCGACCUGCACCAACCUUGCGCCUGAGCAACUUUGCUAUAUCCCUUGCAACUUCUGCAACAUAGUUCUCGCGGUAAGCGUUCCAUGCAGCAGCCUAUUCGAUAUUGUGACAGUCCGGUGUGGGCACUGCACCAACCUAUGGUCGGUGAACAUGGCGGCUGCAUUUCAGUCACUGUCAUGGCAAGAUGUUCAGGUGGGAGCCAGUUAUGCAACACAAGAUUACAGGACCGAUCUGGGCUCCUCUUCCAAAUGCAACACCAAGUUCUCAAUGCGAGCUCCUUCCAAAAAUGCUACUGAGGAAAGGGUAGUUAACCGACCUCCCGAGAAGAGGCAGCGAGUGCCUUCUGCAUACAACCAGUUCAUAAAAGAGGAGAUCCAAAGGAUCAAGGCCAACAAUCCUGAUAUCAGCCACAGGGAAGCAUUCAGCACUGCUGCUAAGAAUUGGGCGCACUUCCCUCAUAUUCAUUUUGGGCUCAUGCUGGAAAACCAAAAAUCAAACUAAGAUGGAUGAUUCAUGGCAAGGAGUCUGACGAACAAAGUACCCUAAUUCCCAGUUAAAGCUAUGGUUUGGACAUGUGUGGUUUUAAGGCAUGAAUUUAUAUCCUUUUAUGUUAUUAAUUUACUCCAACUCAGUUAUGUUCUCAUCCUCAUAAACUGAACCUAUACUAAUAAUAAAUUCCACUUAAGAAUAAAUAUAUUCUUUGUGAAAA